UCCUUUCUUACCUCUAUGGCAGCAUUCGCAAGUGCUCCAACUUGCGAACGCAUUUCUUUUCAAUGGACGGAGCUAGCUUCCCUUCUCUAGAAUGUACCUGACGUAGCUCCUUGUGAUUGGUGAAGUAGGCGACGCGAUCGGCUUUAGCUCCAUACUGGAAGGAAGACGCGAAAGGAGGUUGCCAUGUCCCACAGCAUCUGUUUCUCAUCCAUUGCAGUAAAGCUCAAUUUGGUGGUCCUGCUGCUUUUUGUAACAAGUUUCUCUUCGUGUCUAAAUGACAGAGUUGCAGAGCUUGCAUUAACAAAGAAAGAAGAGAGUGAUGCAAAUGAACAGAAUGGAAAAGAAUUGAUGGAGGAGGAGGAGGAUUUUGAUUCUGAAGACCUCAAAGUAUUUUCCCCAACAAAUCAGUGGCAGACAGUCCUGCCAGGUCAAGCUAUUCCUGCAGGUUUGCAUGUGCAAUUAAAUCUUCAGACAGGAGAAAAAAUAGCCAAGCUUUCAGAUAAAAAUGAUGAAAAAAGUGAAGUGAAAGACCUUCCGAAAAGUAAAAGGCUGGGCCCCAUAGAUAUUGACCCAAGUUCAUUUACAAGGCAAGAACUUAAAAAGGCUUUGGCUAAAGUGAAGGAAAACAUGAAAACAGAUGAUGCAUUGGAACAAAAGGCUCAUCAGGAAGAUGUCAAGAAAAGGUUCCGUCCCAUUGAAAAGCUCAAGGAAGAGUUCAGAGAGAUCAAUUUGCAGCUAGAAACAGAUUUUGAAAUUAUGUUUAAAUUAAUCAACAAAUUCAACAGCUCUGCUUCCACACUAGAAGAGAAAAUAACAGCACUUUAUGAUCUAGAAUACUAUGUUCAUCAGGUGGACAAUGCAAACGAUUUACUUUCCCUUGGUGGGCUACAACUUUUGAUUAAUGGACUAAACAACACUGAACCACAGAUGAAGGAAUACAUAUCAUUUGUAUUGGGAGCUGCACUGUCUAGCAACCCCCGAGUUCAGGUUGCCGCAAUUGAGGGGGGCGCCUUACAGAAACUGCUGGUCAUUUUGGCUACAGAUCAGCCUCUGGCUGUGAAGAAAAAGGUCCUCUUUGCUUUGUCAUCAAUGCUACGACACUUUCCAUAUGCCCAGCAGCGGUUCCUCGAGCUUGGAGGCCUUCAAGUACUUAGAAAUUUGUGUUCAGAGAAAGGAAUGGACACAUUACGCAUCCGCAUUGUGACGCUUCUGUAUGAUUUAUUAAUGGAAAAGCUGCUGCUCAUGGACCAACAGGACAACACUACUGAGAUCCACGUGAGAGCUCAGCAGUACAGCCAGGUGAACUUGGUCCCGGCCAUUGUUGAACAGGGCUGGUGCACAAUCAUUGCAAACCUGCUGGUGCUGCCUGAGCACGACACCAGGGAGAAGGUGCUGAAGACGGUGCACGUGCUGCUCUCCUCCUGCAGGGACAGCUACAGAGCGGAUCGCUACCUCAGCCAUGUGCUGGACCUGCUUCGGCAAGAAUACGAAGACCUGGCAGCAGAAGAGCAAAGGGAAGGGGAUGAAGAUGGCUAUUUUAAGGAACUCCUUAGCUCUAUAAAUAGCAUUGCCCAGCAGCUGAAAUGAAGGCUGCUGCAGUGUUGGAGAGAGGGAAAGAUCCCCUGGCAAAUUGGGAAAGAAUUAUGCAUAAUAAAACAAUUGAACAAA